AUGGCGUCUAGAAGCCUCAUCCCAUUUCUCGUAGCCAUGAUGCUGCUCACAGGUGUUUGCAACACCUUGUUGACCAAGUAUCAGGACAACCAAUGUGUUCGAAACUGUGGCCCCGAUGACAGUCCAAGGAAGCGCGCUUUCUUUAACCAGCCGGUUCUCCAAACCGCCCAGAUGUUCAUCGGCGAGAUGGGCUGCUGGCUGGUCGUUGGCCUCAUGGCUCUCUGGCGACGGUUCAAUGGUUCUGCACCACAAGACCGAGGCUAUCAAGCUGUUGAUACCGAGGAAAAUGGCGAUGCUGAAGCUGCACCCCGAGCCGAUGAUCGCACCAAGCUCCUUCACACCGGCCCAUCCAUCUUGAGAGGAUACCGAGUUACCUUGCUUGCUCUGCCCGCUAUUUGCGACAUCUGCGGUACCACACUCAUGAACGCUGGACUUCUCAUGGUUGCUGCAUCCAUCUACCAAAUGACACGAGGUGCUCUCGUCUUGUUCGUCGGCCUCUUCAGCGUCGUCUUCCUCAAGCGACACUUGCAUCUCUUCCAGUGGCUGUCCCUCGUCGGUGUCGUUCUGGGUGUCGCAGUCGUUGGCUUGGCCGGAGCUAUCUGGCCAGAUGAGAAGCCUGAGAUCUCCAUUGGAAAGCCCGAGGAGGACUCGGCUACUGACGGAGGUCUUUCAGACGCUGCCCGAGCCAUUGUGGGUGUUUUGCUUAUCGCUGGUGCCCAGAUCUUUACAGCCACCCAGUUCGUCCUCGAGGAAUAUCUCCUGGAGAGAUCUACAAUUGACCCAAUUAGAGUGGUCGGCUGGGAGGGCCUCUUCGGUUUCAGUGUUACCCUCCUUGCUAUGCUUGUUCUGCAUGCCACUAUCGGCUCCACUGAAGCUGGCAAAUAUGGAUAUUUUGACAUUGUCGAGGGCUGGCGCCAGAUGACCGAGAACAAGCAGGUCCUCAUCUCUAGUUUCCUCAUCAUGAUCAGCAUCGGUGGCUUCAACUUCUUUGGCUUGUCCGUUACACGGAGCGUCAGUGCUACUUCUCGAUCUACCAUUGACACUUGCAGAACCCUUUUCAUCUGGAUCGUCUCCCUUGGCUUGGGUUGGGAGACGUUCAAGUGGCUCCAAAUUGUCGGCUUCGCCCUGCUUGUUUACUUCACCUUCUUGUUCAACGGUAUCGUUCAGCCUCCCCUGGAGUUCCUCAGAGUCCCAGAUGAAGAGGUCGAGGAGCUCUUGCCCGAGGAACCUAUUGAGCACCGUUAA